ACAAGCAAAGGAAACCGCAGCCCACCCUCGGUUAGUUUUCACGGGCAUCCCGCUUAGAAUUAAUUUUCCCUUUGAUGCCCUCUUCGAAAACAUCAAAAAAAUCGAAAAUAGAUUGUGGCGCUCAUUUUUCGUCUUCAUUUCUUUCUCUCUGAUACUGAAGUCAAGCUUUCUCUCCAUUUUUUCGAAGAUAAUAACAUCGGUAUGCCGCCUCCACUUAAGCUGUCUGAUAAGGACUAUGUCUUCAUAAUACUACAAGAGAUAAUGCGUCAACACAUUCAUCAAUUGUUCAUUGUAUUCGAAUGUAUUGCUAACCAUACAGCAAGAAAGAGAAAGCGCAAUACGAAUGUGGCUCCCUAUCGAAUCAUUCCCCGAAUCCCAGACCAAGUAAAACAUUUGAAUAGGAUGGUGGCUGUAAGUGACAUAGAUUGCAUAGUUAAUCUGCGUAUGGACCGCAAUGCCUUUGGCAGAUUAUGCAUUCUAUUAAGACAAUUGGGGGGGCUGCAAGAUAAGCGAUAUGUGACUGUAGAAGAACAAGUUGCAAUGUUCUUGUCUGUUUUAGCUCAUCACAAAAAAAAUAGAGUUGUUAGGUUCAAUUUUUGGAGGUCGGGGCAAACAAUUUCACAUUACAUUCAUGUUGUCUUAAGAGCUAUCUUGCGAUUACAUGUGAUUUUGCUUGUGAAACCUGAGCCCGUGCCGGAUGAUUGCACAGAUAGUCGGUGGAAAUGGUUCAAGGGCUGUCUAGGUGCUUUAGAUGGCACCUACAUAAAUGUCACAGUUAGCAAUAUGGAUAAGCCAAGAUAUAGGACCCGGAAAGGCCAAAUAUCUACAAACACCCUAGCUGUUUGUGACCGGAACAUGAAGUUUGCAUAUGUCCUCCCUGGAUGGGAAGGCUCAGCAGCAGACUCUAGAAUAUUACGUGAUGCAGUAAUAGGAAGGGAUGACAUUUCCUUAGCUUACCUCAUUUUCUAUGAAAACUAUCUUUUCUAUUGCACUGAACAAGAUCAAUACAAACAGGAGCGGUUAUGUAGAUCAAAUUACUACACAUGUUGCUUUUCACAUAAGUAA